AUCGCCCAAAAAUCCCAAGUGAUUUGCAGCUAAUUAAAUAUUUCUCAACGAUUGCCUAACAAAGUGCAAAACUAAUUUUCCGUUCAGUGAUUCCGUUUUAUCGAAUACAAAAAGGGUUAAAAAAUCCCACGCGGAAGUCCUCAAAGGACCCAACUUAAUACAACAAAAAAAGAGGAGACACACACCUUGUGAGACAGAAAAACGAAUAAGGAUACGACUUGACUACAAAGAAGGCAGCAAUACGCGCAGCAAAAGCGAGUGCGCAAUUUUUGGGCCUGUCGUCGACUGCUUAUCGGCCAUGUGCCACAAAGGAUGCCGCAAAGGAUACGCCAGACAGUAUUAAUAACGCAUUGAUACGAGUGGGCGUCCGAUUUGGUUGUGGCUGUGGCGUUUUUCUAUUCGAAGGGAGUGGUAAAGCGGUGGAGUGGAUCGAGUCCGCAAUUAAUCGACGACAGCUAGCAUGUUGCAAGGCGUCGCCAUCACCAUUGCCAACGACAGCAACGAUGAUGGCCUCAAUCAAUCAUUCAUGGCUCAUGUGUCGCCCAGUCCCAAUCAGAGUUUCUCCAUCGGCAUCGCCUCCAUCGCCAGCGAAUCCACAAUGCCGAGUCCCGGCGAGAGCCCCGAGCUGUUGCUGCUGAAGAAUGACAAAUUCCUAACACAUGUCGCACAUCUGCUGAACAUAACGACCGAGAAUCUCUCAAAUCUCCUGGGCUCCACGAACGGCACAAAUGCGAGCACAAUGGCCGGGGAUUCGCCGGUCGACGAGUCCCUGACCCUGCGAACCGCCUUCACCGUCUGCUAUGCCCUCAUUUUUGUGGCCGGCGUGUUGGGCAAUCUAAUCACCUGCAUUGUGAUUUCGCGCAAUAACUUUAUGCACACGGCCACCAAUUUCUAUUUGUUCAAUUUGGCCGUUUCCGAUUUAAUACUAUUGGUGUCAGGCAUUCCCCAGGAGCUGUACAACCUUUGGUACCCCGACAUGUAUCCUUUCACGGACGCCAUGUGCAUCAUGGGCAGUGUGCUCUCCGAAAUGGCCGCCAAUGCAACAGUUCUCACCAUCACAGCCUUCACUGUAGAGCGAUACAUUGCCAUCUGUCAUCCGUUUCGGCAGCACACCAUGUCAAAAUUGUCGCGGGCCAUUAAAUUUAUAUUUGCCAUUUGGCUGGCGGCCUUUCUCCUGGCCCUUCCCCAGGCUAUGCAAUUCUCGGUGGUCUACCAGAACGAAGGAUACUCCUGCACGAUGGAGAACGACUUUUAUGCCCAUGUGUUCGCCGUCUCGGGAUUUAUCUUCUUCGGCGGACCCAUGACGGCGAUUUGUGUGCUCUACGUGCUGAUCGGCGUGAAACUGAAGAGGAGUCGCCUGCUGCAGUCGCUGCCGCGAAGGACCUACGAUGCGAAUCGGGGCCUCAACGCCCAGGGACGAGUCAUCAGAAUGUUGGUAGCUGUAGCCGUCGCCUUCUUCCUCUGCUGGGCCCCCUUCCAUGCGCAGCGCCUGAUGGCCGUUUACGGACUGAAUCUGAUUAAUAUCGGCAUCAGCCGGGAUGCCUUCAACGAUUACUUCCGGAUACUUGACUACACGUCCGGUGUGCUCUACUUCCUCUCCACCUGCAUCAACCCGCUGCUGUACAACAUCAUGAGUCACAAGUUCCGCGAGGCCUUUAAGAUUACUCUUACCAGGCAGUUCGGUUUGGCCAGGAACCACCACCACCAGCAGAGUCAGCACCACCAGCACAACUACAGUGCGUUGCUGCGGCAGAAUGGCUCGAUGCGCCUGCAGCCGGCCAGUUGCAGUGUUAACAACAACGCCCUGGAGCCCUAUGGAUCCUACCGAGUGGUGCAGUUCCGCUGCCGCGAUGCGAGCCACCAGUUAUCGCUGCAGGACAGCAUUCGCACCACCACCACAACCACGACGAUAAAUAGCAAUAGCUUGGCAGCCGGAAAUGGGAAUGGAAUUUCCAUCGGUGGUGGUGCUGGCGGCGGACGGCGAAUGCGCAAGCAGGAGUUCUAUGGCCCCGUGGUGCCGGGAACUGCAGUUCCCCAUCGAAUGCUGCAGGCUCAGGUAUCGCAACUCUCAUCUCUGGGCGAUGCCAACUCCCUGCUGGAGGCGGAAGUGGUGGAUAGACACUAUGCUUCCGGCCGGGCUAAAAGGGCACUGCUGGCCACCAAAAGUGGUGCUCUGCUGGUGACACCACCUCAGAGUGGCGACCACCCAUCGGAAGUGGGUCAACCUGCCACUCGUCUCAAGCUGACGAGGGUGAUAAGUCGACGGGAUGAGGUGACCAGUGGAUCCGCCACUCCGCCCUUUUGUGGAAGCCAUAGCCUGCCGGAUCCGGAGACUUGUCAAACGGCUUCGGUUGCAGGUCGAAGUUCGAGGAAAUUUCCCUGGCGAAAGCGGAGGCAAAAAACAGAGGAUCCACAUCCCAGCAGCGAGGGCGGCUUGACCUAUGGCUCCCCGAAAUCCCAGUGAUUCCGACUGGCUGAUAGCUAGAGUUAUGCUUAGUUAGGCAUCGCAUCGUGUGUUUAGUUAGCGCAAUAAACUUUUCGAUCUGUAAAUAAGCCAGAAAAAAGUCCAGCGAUUUGCAUGCAAAUUCGGGCCAAGUUGGCCAUAAAAAGGCGAAUAGAACGAAUGGCCGAGGUCCAGACGAUUUAUGCCAGGCAUAAAGCCCAGGAUAAUGAGGCAGCAAAGUGUCGUGACGAAAAAUGCCACGCCCUGUAUCUUUUUUUUGCGAUGGCAACCGCAUCGCUCUCAUAA